ACUAAGCUAGCAGCAGCUUCCUUUUACAGCUUGCGGAGGCAGUGGAUUAACAAGUGAAAGAGGGGACUUAGAAGAGGGCACUGUGAGAAGAUGAAAAUAUUCAGAGAGGAAAACUGAGUCUACUUUGGGCGCACUGGUAUAUUUUUUGAGAGCAGAUGCAAAACUCUUGAGUGCAGGCUCUUGGAUGAGAAACAGGAUGCAAAGUUAUCAACCUUGGUACCAUGGCACUAUAACUCGAUCCAAAGCCGAGGAUCUACUUUCCAAAGCAGCAAGAGAUGGAAGCUUCCUUAUCCGGGCCAGUGAGUCCAUACAGGGAGCGUAUGCCCUCUGUGUGUUAUACCAGAACUGUGUGUACACAUACCGAAUCCUUCCGAACGAGGAUAAGAAGCUCUCUGUCCAGGCGUCUGAUGGCGUUCCCAUUAGGUUCUUCACCUUGCUGCCCGAGCUGGUGGAGGCGUACUACAGUCCCAACAUGGGUCUGGUCACACAUCUGCAGUACCCGGUCCAGACGGAGGAGGAGGUGGACGACGAGCCGGGUCAAAAACAAUACAUGGAGCCCAAUCAUCCACCGCAGCUUCCACCCAGGAUCUUCCCCACCGAUGUGAAAGACAGCGACUUCAAGACUUCUGAGCAAGCCUCCAAGUCCUUGUCGGACACCUACAUGAUGAGGCUGCAGCACAUGGACUUGUCCUCGGUACCGGAGGAGCACCAAGCUGCCAUCCAGGAAUACUUCAGAACCUCAGUCCUCUUGGAUGUUGAGCAAGUACAGAACGGUAACCCUAACCUCCCUGGGCUGAAGAAGCUAAUAAUUGCGAUCUGCAAGAACCUAAACAGUGAAAUUUCCCGCGUCCAGCCAACUCUGGACGCCUUUCAUAAAGUGCUGGACCAGCAGCUCUCCCCAGGGAUCGGACAAUUCCCAAGACAAGUGUCUAUCGAUUCAGGUCAGUCUGUGUCCAAUAGACUUGAGCAACUGACGAAACUCCUCUACGCAAUAGAAGAUAAGGCUAAAAGUUCUGUCUUUGACUCAGCUGGAUAUGACGGAGGUCACAGGAAGUCUCUCAUCCCACUCGUUACAUUUGAGGUCAAGCAAGAAUUUCUCGGGAUUUCCCCAAAGAUGUUCCUGAAAGUGGAUGUUGAAAGUGGGAAGCUCUAUUUCAAGAAAACAAAAGAUGGGACUGAAGACAAAUACUUUGUGCACAAUAAAAUCCUCCAGUUGGUGAAAUCCCAGAAAAUGCACACCAAGCUUGUCAUCGUGGUGGAGACGGAGAAGGAGAAGAUUUUGCGUAAGGAGUUCGUCUUUGAUGACACAAAGAAAAGAGAGGGUUUUUGUCAGCUGCUUCAACAAAUGAAGACACAACACUCGGAGAAGCCUGAACCGGACAUGAUCACAGUGUUUGUGGGAACCUGGAACAUGGGAAAUGCUACUCCUCCCAACAACAUCAAAUCCUGGUUUCAGUGUAAGGGCCAAGGGAAGACGAAAGACGACACGGCGGAUCACAUCCCACAUGAUUUUUACGUAAUUGGGACGCAGGAGGACCCUUUGGGGGAGCGGGAGUGGGCAGAUACUGUGAAAGGUGUCCUGAGGAACAUCACAAACAUUAGCUUUAAACAAGUGGCGAUUCACACCCUGUGGAACAUUCGGAUCGUGGUCCUGGCCAAGCCUGAGCAUGAAAACAGGAUCUCACAUAUUUUUUCAGACAGCGUGAAGACGGGGAUUGCAAACACUUUGGGAAACAAGGGGGCCGUGGGAGUGUCCUUCAUGUUCAACGGUACGUCCUUUGGCUUUGUCAACAGUCACCUGACUUCUGGAAGUGAGAAGAAGCUGAGACGUAAUCAAAACUACACCAACAUCCUUCGAUUUCUCAAUCUGGGAGACAAGAAGCUCAAUCCGUUUGACAUCACUCACCGGUUCACGCACCUCUUCUGGCUCGGAGAUUUGAACUACCGCAUCGAAUUCCCACCCGCAGACGCUGAGAACAUCGUGACGAAAAUCAAACAGCAGCAGUACCAGGACCUCCUCUCCAGAGACCAGCUCAGCAUGGAGAGGAACGACGGAAAGGUCUUCUUGCAUUUUGAUGAAGAGGAAAUCACAUUUGCACCCACGUAUCGCUUUGAAAGAGACACGCGAGAGAAGUAUGCCUACACAAAGGCCAAAGCCACAGGGACAAAAUACAAUUUGCCCUCAUGGUGUGAUCGAGUCCUGCGGAAGUCAUACCCUCUGGUUCAUGUGGUCUGCCAAGCAUACGGGUGCACGAAUGACAUCAUGACAAGUGACCACUCGCCUGUUUUUGCCUCAUUUGAAGUCGGCGUCGCCUCUCAGUAUGUCUCAAAGCAAGAUCCAAAUAGUGCGCCUCAGGGUGGAAUACAAAUCAUGAACUGCGUGGCCAUGUUGUCGACAAAGUCAAAGACCAAGUUCUUCAUCGAAUUUCACUCUAGCUGUCUAGAGAAAACUGUGAAGACUUCAGAGGGAGAGAACACGGAGCAUCCAGACGGGUCCAUAAAAGUCUGGUUUGGAAACCAAGUUGAGCUCAACCCCAUCAUCUCCGACCCCGAGUACCUACUGGACCAGCACAUCCUCAUGUGUGUGAAGUCAACGGACUGCGACGAGUCGUACGGAGAGGGCUGCGUUGCGCUGCGUGCCGCCCAAAAUUGCUACACCGAGUUUCACAUCACACUGACUCACCAUGGAGAGAAGACGGGCACUUUGAACGGUGGCAUCCAGCUACACACCACCGAGGCCAAGACAUCUGAGAAGUUAUACGAUUUCAUCAAAAUCGAAAGGGACGACGGCGUCGCCUCAAAGGGCAAAGGUGGAGACAGGUUUUCUGCUACGCAAGCCCUUGAUAUUUCUAACCCCAAUUACAUGGGAGUUGGAUACAGAGGUGGGAAUGCGUGCGACAGGGGCUGGAGUUACAGCAUGCCACCGCGAAACCCCGCCACGGCCGGGCAAGGGGCUAAAGACACCAAGAAGGGCGGUUAUGAUGUGGGCACACGCAGUCCCACAGGAAAAGUUUGUAAUGUGGGUGAGGAUGGAAAGAUAUCAGAGAUGUUUGACAAUCCGCUGUAUGGCUCAAUGGGGAAAUCACACGGCCGGCCAAAAGACCAAGAACUUCCCCAGAGGGACCACCUCUCCCCCCCAGAUGCGCUGUUUUCGUCCUCCAAAGGAGCAGACGGAGACGCUGAUCGCCCCCCAGUGCCCACCCCGCGCAACCGCUCCUUCACCUGCUCUGAGAACAAAUCCCAGCCACCGACCCCCACCAACCUCCAUCCUCAAAUACACAAGAAAGUGGUGGUGCCCUCACGCUCGGAAGCUGGGAUGGGACAUAGCCGGCCGCCUUUACCAGUUAAGUCCCGGCCAGGCGUGCCAGAGCCCCAGGUCCCCAAACCCAGAGACUACAGAGACAGCUCCGAGCUCCCCAGCAAACACAGACCGCCAGCAAGACCCGACGUUCCCAAGAUGGGCCGUCCUGUCAAGUGAGAUCAGGCUGCAGCUUUGACUGCACAACCUCCUGCCAGGCUAGCAGUUUCCCUCGGUUUCCCCCCUUCUUUACGCUAAGCUAACUAGCUGCAUCAGACAGAUCACCUUCUCAUCUACAGUCUCUGAAGUCUUCUCCAAACUAUAGAACCACAUUCCUUUAACGUAAUGCAAACAUUGGAGUCACAUUUGCAGACUGUAUUUUAGCUAAGCUCGCUUUACAGCAUAGGUCUGAAAUUGAUGUCUGCCUUUCCGUAACUGUCUAGAGUACACACUUUUACACUAUACAGCUAAAGAAUGUUUACCGCACAGUAUUAUCUUGCACAGACAUGUUUGCCUUAAAGAUGUAUAAUAAAUGCUCAAAUAAAAUCUUAAAACAAAA